AUGUGGAUGCUCAUAAUGCAAAUGUUGCAGCUACAAUCACAUAUUUUUUCUAAAUUUUUAUAGGUUAUAAAAUGUGCACAAAAAUUAGUUUAUGGUGUUUUAUGGAACAUAUUUAAAUUCGAGGAAAUUCCAGAAGUGUGUGCACCUCUUGCAGUGUAAUCGUGGCUGACAUGUUGUUACUGUAAACCGUCCGGUCUGGUGCUGGACUGGUUUAAAAAUCCCAUUAAUGGUGAGUUUUUUUCAUUUUAUUUUGUUGUUGUCUUUGUGGCUUUGGCUUCAAUAUUCGUAUUUGGAGCAGAGGGUUUUUCACGUCCCACGUGGAGGACGUCAACACGGUGCCAUCCGUGUCAGAUAAGUCCAGUGUGGUGUGUUUGGAGACAAAGAGAGGCCAAAAAUGACCUCCUCAAACUGUAGCCAUGUUUUUGAACAACAUGUGAGAUGUUGUUGCAUCUGCAAGUGCGAAAGAAAGAAGGCACAGGAAUGGACUGUGUGCAGCUGCACUGUUUGGAUUCUUGGAUUUAUUUUGGUUUCUUGUGUUGCCGUAAGUGAGUAAUAAUCAGAUUUAUCUGAUUCGAACAGCUCAUUUAUUUUGCAUGCAGCCUUCAGUGUCCGCAGAGCAGCGGGUGUUGAGUGCAGGAGCAGGAGAACUGUGCACAGACCGCAGCCUCCGUCUUGCAGUCGUGUCGUCAGAAUCUAUUUUAUUUGCAUCUAAAAAACAGACUUUGCUCAGUUUUACCUGCAACAUGACUUGGUUUACUCUCCGAUUUUAAAAAAUGCCUUUUGUUUUUUAGUCGUCUAUAUUUUUUUUCCACGCUGUAUUCUCACAGGCAGGGCUUUUUCCCUCAAACCUCGCCCACAGAACUUGGAGCUCCUGCAGUAAACAAGUUAGUUGAUUGGUUUUGCUUUAUAUACUGUGAUUUAAUAAGGAAAACACCAACGUAAGCCAGUCCAGGCAGCUGUGCUGGUACCAGUGCCAUGCUUUCCAUUGGUUCCUGUUUACAUGAUGCCCACAGGACACGCCGUGAUUGGUGGCGCCUCACACGUGACCAGGCAACUUUGUACAUUUGACAGGGAGUAGGAGGGUUUUGUGGAGAUCAGAAAAACGACAGCGCGAUAAAAAUUAGUAUUGUUGCACUUCACAAAUUAAUGACCAUGAGUUCCUACUUGAUAAACUCCAACUAUAUCGAGCCUUCCUUUCCUCCAUGCGACGAAUAUCAGCAGAGCGGAUACAUCCCCAACCCUGGAGAUUACUACGAGCGACCAAAAGAUACGGGCUUCCCCCAUCACGAAGAGCCAGCCUACCCGAGGUCAAACUACACAGAACCCGGCUAUGAUUACGGUAACGUCGCCGCCACUGGACUCGACGAUUUCGGCGACGGGCAUCACGCACAGCCGCAGCCGGUUCCACAGAGCCACGGUCCUCGCCUCUCCGCGGCCCCAGACGGUGGCGCAGGAGUAAAUGCCAGCAAAGACUGCAGCCUGGCCACUGAGGUGUAUCCCGGCGUAGCGAAGGGCAAGGAGCCGGUGGUGUACCCCUGGAUGAAAAAGGUCCACGCAACCAACGUCAAUCCCAGUUACAAUGGAGGAGUGCCCAAGAGGUCCCGCACUGCCUACACCCGCCAGCAGGCUCUGGAGCUGGAGAAGGAGUUCCACUUCAAUCGCUACCUGACCCGGCGCAGACGGGUGGAAAUUGCGCACACCAUGUGUCUGUCCGAGCGUCAGGUCAAAAUCUGGUUCCAGAACCGGAGGAUGAAGUGGAAGAAGGAGCACAAGCUUCCCAACACCAAAAUCCGCUCCUCCAGCUCGGCCUCCUCCUCCUCCUCCUCCUCUUCUUCCUCAGCCUCGGGGCCCCAGCAGCAGCAGCAGAUCAAAACAGGCCAGCAGCUCGUCCCCACGCCGUGCACCGCAGGUCUAUAGUGCACGACCGAACCCGUCCCACAAACCCCCCCCCAGUCCAGACUGAGAUGGCAAAUAACACAAGUGGAAUUUGUUGGACCAAUUCUCAGUAUUUUUCACUCGUGGUGUUUUCCCUUUCACCUUGCCUCAGCCAUUGGGCCCCCGUUUCGUCCUUUGUGCCCUCUUCCUCUCCGCUCAUCCUCCUCAUAUAAGCUUGAAAUUCACCUUUAACGGCCAUGAAGGCGACUGAAGUGUUUAUAUAUUUGUUUAUUAUUAUAAAAGAAGGAUUACGCACACUCAGACAUAGGACUUGGAUCAAAAAUGAUAUCAUUACAGCUUAAAAAUGACAGAGGUAAAAGUAAAUUUGAGCUCAUUUUCUAUAUGUUCUUUUGGAUUAUUAUUGUGUUCGUUUGUUUUGUUUUUUUCAUUUUUGUAUUACUGCUCAUGGAAAGUUCUAAUAUACUUGAAAGAUUAUUAGCGAGAAUCUAUAGAAGCCUGUUUAGACAGAGCAGGCGGCUGUUUUAGAGGAGUGGCAUCAGCCAGAGUUAACAGUUGUAGUUCGUGUGUCAGGGUGGGUCGGUUUACUGUUGAAUGUAGUCCAGGUGACUCCCACGUUUUUAUGUAAAUAGACAAAUCAUAAUGAAGGCACAAUAAGGAGAGAAAAAAGCAUUUCGUCCACUAGAGUUCUGUUCAUCGCUGUUGUCGUACGGUCUAGUUUUAUUUGUGCUGGUGCGUCCCAUGUCGUGCUGUGUUCUAAACUGUGAAUAUGUGUGUGUGUGUGUUGUCUCAGUGAUGGCCGUCGUGUUGUAGACCUUAGUGUAGGUUCUAUUUGUCUUUGUGAAAUAAAUAUGUACUUCACAUACGAGGCUCAAGUGGAUUUGGAUAUUAUUUGUUUUGUCACUGCUGCGAAUUUGGAUUGGACGUGGGCGUUGAAGCCGUGCGUAAAAGCGUGACAGUAGCUUUUUUUAAAAAAACACGGAAAGGAUAUGAAAAAGACACUGCCUUUCUGAUAUUAUUUUACAUAUUUUGUUUUGUUAUUUGCAUGUGUGCAAAUACAGUUUCAUCAAAAGCACCACUUGAUGCAUCCGAAUGGUGAAAGACGCGUGCGUAAAAUUGAUAACUGGCUGUCAGCGCGUUAGUUCGUUCACCAGCCUACCGUUAAAAAUAAUUAAAAAUAAAAUGUGCAGAUAAAGAUUGAUAUUUAUGCUUGCAUUUAAUGUAUUUAUUUUUAAAUAGUACAAAUGUAUUUACUGCGCAAAUUUGCAUAAUAAUUUGAAUCUUUUUCAACUGGACUAAUUUAAAAUUUCGAACUCCUUGUGACUAACCGAUACGCAAUUUGAGUUGUUUGUUCUUUUUCUUAUCAAAUAAAUUCGGCGAUAAGGUUUUAAGCAGCUGUCCAGGGAGAUUGCAUGUUUAAAAGCAAAAAUCAACUCCAUUAGUCGGGUAACAGCUGUUGACAAAACCUCGACCAAACCCAAACUGUUGAAUAUAUCCGGCCACUUAUAUUGUUCUUGUGGCCACUAUAGUGGGAUUCAGCCAACCUCAGUGCACGAGAGUGUGAGUGUUGGUCACUACCUGCUACAUCCAAACAAUAGAGAGUUCAACCAGGGGACACGGCCCGCUCUGACCAAUCACCGUCUCUGAGCACUUCUCCUGACCCCUGACCUCUCGACACUCACAGUGGCCAGACCAUACAUCAGCGCUCAGGUCUCCGGGAGCUUUUUUUCUUCUCUUCUCAUUUUCAAGAUUAUCACCCAGAGACAGCACGAAAACAAAAACGGCGUUGAAGGUGUGAAUCCCGGCCAUGAAUUUUCCCCAAAAUUAUUCUUGGGGACAGCUCUUGAGCAAUCCAUCACUUGAACACCCCUGUCAGACCUCAUGGAGAGAGCAGAUAUGAGCAGAAACACGCUGCUAGUGCGCAUGUAAUGUGCUGUGAUUCUUUAUAUAUCUUGGCACACAUCUCUGCACAAAAAUGUAGCUCGUAAUUGCAUAAUAGAUGAGU